AUGACAAAAUCAUUUUACUUUCUGCUUUGCACAACAUACCACGAUCCAGAUGUCUGUGGGUUUAAUAGCUGGAAACGCCAGUGGCAGCUGCAGUCUCUCUCCCGCAUCAACGAGAAGAAGAAGAGGGAUUUCAUCACCCAAAUUACUUCCGGCGUCGCCAAAGAUUGGGUGAAUGGCGUUCUCAAGGACAAAGAGGGGAAGCUGUACAAUCCAGAUUGCUUGCAGGUUGAAGGCACGCCGCUUAUUACACACAACCCCCCUGAUUCCUCCUACGUUCCUCUCGUCAAGGUGGAUGACCACAUCGAACUUCUCUCGGCACAACCUGCCCAAGGCGGCACAAAGAAGCAGAGGAAGCAGAGCAAACAGGGCGGCCUUGAUAGCGCAACUCAAUAG